UCUGUGCUCCGGGGCUGGAGGGGGUCGUUUAAUUGGACAGGAUCCUUCACUGAUGGAGCUUCAUAAACUGGUGUCGCUACCAGAGGCCUUGAUUGCCUGUUCGCCUAUUGGUGUCAAAUAGGGUUGUGAGUUUAGACGUGAAUAUUUAGGACAUGAGCUAACUGCAUUACCGACAGAAUGCGUGUGUAGUGUCACGGACGAAUCACCGCUUCAAACCUGGCAUAGAAAAUUGUUCUGACAUCUCUCGGGUUGAGAAAGGCUGUCGUUGCUCCCGAGCACGUGGUCGAUAAACACAGCACUUCAGACGCACGUGAAGGCGCGGAAAUGCCAUGCGCGGUUCUCCGCUCGCUCGUGGCCUCAUUAUGGCGUUAAUAUAGGUCCACUCAUCUAUGGGAAAGUGUCGUCUGCUCCGAUAGUAAAGUCGUCAUUUUUGCCGCUUGUGUUCGUAGCUGGUCGAAAUCAUUGAAGGGCAUUUGUAGUACCUGACCUUGCGACCACACUAAUUAUCUCGGAUUUGAUAACAGUAGCCCCCGGUACAAACUACACUGCGGCCCACGAAAUCGAAGAUUUCAUUUGUGGAAUGGGAUGUAAUCAUUACUUGAUUCAAGGAUACUGUGGCGUAUGUCUGUCUUUUGAAACAGACUAUCAGAAGCAUUGAGCAGACAAACACAACACUGCUGGCCUCUCCAGAAAUCCUUGUUGACGCGGUUAAUCACGUGGAUCCAAAGCGUCAGUUCUGUUGAAGAUGUGUAAAGUCAACGCUAUUCAGAUGGCUAUUGCACAGACUACUCGCGUAUUUACAUACAUUGAUCUUCCGUGCUGGUCUAAUACUCAGAGUUAUAUGGGAGGUUUCCUGGCGCAUGUUUUGGAGUGAGUGGUCAGAGUUCAUAGGAGUUCAGGUAAAUGGACAUCGAACCAAUAAUGUCUUAUCUUCUGUAAAGAACAGCAGACCCAAUACCAUUAUCGAACAUUACCAGGAUAUUCUCAUGGCUUUCACACCCAAUGUUUCUAUGUGAAUGCUUGAGACGAUAAUUUGUUAUUAUUGACACAGCAGCUGUUUCUUAGCGUCACGUGCAGCUAUUGCAUGGCUGCUCGAUACGUCCUGCUAUGACGUCAUACACAGAUAUCAAACAUGGUGUCGUCAGUAUAUAACUGGAUAGCAGCGUUCUCGACCCAUACACUCUGGAUAUAGUGACAAACACUGGGCAUAAACCCUGCAUCAAUCUGGUACCUCAGAGAGGUCAGAUGCGAAGCUGGACACACAUUUAUUCCCGUAACCCCUGCCGUCGAAGUCUGACCAAUGCGAGUAUUCUUGAAUUGUGUACACCUACGCAUGCUUUCUACGUAUCUUAGCAAAGUAUUCAUAUUUCAUUUUCUUCUCUGGUGUCGGAGUAAUUCUGAUUUGUUCAGGUCCUGGAAGAAAGGUGUUUCCAUAUGUGGGUGAUAUACACUGUGAAUACUUGCUGCUUCUUCUGAAGUGUUAUUGGUGUGACGGUGGCGAGCACUGAGCGCUACAACUACUACCAUUAGGCACAUAUUGCUCUUUCCUUGAGGAACGUUUCCCAAUACUCCAGCAUUGAUCGGCGUUCUGUACUGACAACAACUGGCAUAUACAGCAAGCCCCAAAGGACUGACAUUGAAGCCACAAGUUGCACAUUCUCUGGAGAAUCGUUUCCUGCCUUGAACUCUAUUUAUUAAAUCUCGCAUACUCACGAGCCAGCAUGUUUCGUCGGUCGUAUAGCCCAAGUGGAAGAUCAAUUAUGGAGACGGAAUUCGAUACAGAGGAUACGGAAACAAACGUUGAAAAUGUAAAGGCCAAUCUUGGGGUUCUCCGUCGUGCGUUUUCAUCCAUUAGAAAGAAGAAGAAAAAACAAACUGAUGUCGCCACGGGGUCUUUAAGAAUAAGCGUCCACCAACCUGACACCCCUCCCAGAUCGGGUCUGACAAGAGAAUCGGCCUAUUUCUGCAGCUCCCCUGCCUCAGAUCUUGCUGCCAGACGAGGUGUCUUCAGCCGGCGCCAUUACGGAUCUGUGGAAUUGCUCACAUCUGUUGAUUCCGACGGUUCCACUCAAAAUGCCGGUCGGUUUCGUGUGGAAUCCGGGGAACGAGAUGUCGAGGACACACACCAUCUCGGGCUGUCUAGUCCUCUCAACAGCCCAAUUCAUCUAGAAAACCCGGAGUACCAGACAAGAUGGUAUUUCAAGUACUUCCUGGGGAAAUUACAUCAGAAUUACGUCGGCGUGGACUUGGAGAAGGAGCCGUUUCUGUUGUCCGUCAUUGUCACCGACGCCAACAACCACAACGUCCCUCAAUACAGAGCCAUAUUGUGGAGGAAAACUGGUGCUAAGAAACUCUCAUUGCCUUAUAACCCGGGGAAGCCACAAACAGUCAAAGGAAUAUUGAGUCACUUCGACUUACAGAAAUUUGAAAAGGGACCAAAGGAAAUAUUUGAUCCAAAUAUUCAAAAGGAACAUUUAGUGCUCGAAGAACAAGAGGGAUCCGUUAACUUCAAAAUCGGCGUUUUGUAUGUACGUGAGGGGCAGACGACCGAUGAUGAGUUUUACAGCAAUGAGGAAGGGAGUGACGCCUUUGACAAUUUUACAAGUCUUCUUGGUGACAGAAUAUCCUUGAAAGGAUGGGAUAAAUUCAAGGCGGGUUUGGACGUGAAAUCCGAUACAACCGGUGAAGAAAGUGUUUAUACAAUAUAUGAAGGACAUGAAAUCAUGUUUCAUAUAUCUACAAUGCUGCCUUAUUCCAAAGACAACAAACAACAGGUGGAACGGAAACGUCACGUAGGAAAUGAUAUUGUAAAUAUCGUGUUUAUAGAUGGUGAUGUGGAGAAAGUUCCCAGUUUUAAGCCUUCCAUGAUGAAAACAAGAUUCACACAUAUCUUUGCUGUUGUGAUAUACAAUAAAGACAACGAUAGUUACAGGCUCACUGUAUUUUCGGAGGAAUCAGUCCCCCUCUUUGGUCCUCCACUUCCUUCUCCUCCUGUCUUCUACAACCACCAGGAGUUCAGAGAUUUCCUCCUUGUGAAAUUGAUAAACGGAGAAAAGGCUGCAGUGAAUAACCCGUUGUUUGCUCAAAAGAGGGAGAGGACGCUGGAGAUGUUGAUACGGAAUCUGUACCAGGAUUACAUGUCCGAGUCGAACAAGAACAAUAUGCUGUAUCGACGGGCGUUCAGUGACGUCAUACAAGACGUCCAUGGCUCGCGCCGGAAGGAGGACGCACGCAGAGCUGAAUUUGUGCUUGUUGGUCAAGGUCUGAAGGUGAAAACAAUCGAGAAGGGCGAUGCUCCAACCAGUCUCAUCACUUCCGGUCUGUCCAGUUUACUGAGGCGGGAGCCCUGGGAACCUCAGAAGUGUUACUGCGAGUUUGCCCAUCACAUCAUCUGUGGGGAUUCUUGGGGUGACAAGUUGAUUAUCUCCACGGAAUCCGGAAUUAUGGUGCUAGAGGAGGGGCUUCCACCGCGGGCUAUCUUUGAGAAGACAGUUUCAGUUCGGCAGCUGAGUGUCGUAGAAGCGCAUGGACUUCUCAUCAUGAGGAGUGAGAAAGGCAAAGACGGAAAAAUCAACGUUUUUCGUCUGACGGAUUUUGAGGGUGAACAGAACGAAUCUAUCACGCGAACUAAGUCUGAAUGUCGGGAGCACAAACUGGAGAGAACAAAAGGGUGCCACCUGUACUCCCUCAGCAAGCCCGGGGGGAGUCACCUCCGAAUGGUGGUUGCGGUGGCCAAGAGACUCUUGGUGUUCCACUGGAAGCACUCCGCCGCCUGGUCCGCCUGGUGUCCUUCGGUCGACCUUGACACCAUAGAUGGAUUCACUUUUAUCAGGGAAUUACAAGCCUUUGAGGUGCCAAGCAUGAUAACGUUGAUUGACGGCAUGAAGGGAGAUAAUCACAUUUGUAUCGGCUACAAAAACCAGUAUGAUCUCAUCAACGAGAAGAAUGGCGACACCCUACAGCUGUAUCACGUGGAAUCCAACAAGGUGAAUUUGGUUGCGGCGAUUGACAUCUACGAGGAUGAUGAAGCCGAGCUCAUCUUGUGUUACAAUCAUGUCAGCCAUUUCCAGAAACUGAAAGAAGAACAGUGUCAUGAUUUCGACUUCCACUGGAAUUCAGAGCCCCUCUCUAUAGUUUGUGCCUUUCCGUAUAUAAUGGCCUUCACUCCUGACACAAUUGAAAUUCGCCUCAUCAUCAACGGAAAUCUCGUUCAUACCAUGACUAUGCCGGACCUCACGCUCAUAACAUCAAAGUGUGAUAUCUAUUUCGCCUCCUCGGCAGCCAUGACGAAUACGCCGACAGAGAAGAGUAGAGAGAAGGAGAACUCCUUCUCCCCUCCACCUUCUCCUUCUUCAAAAACCGGCCCCGCCAUGAACAUCUAUAAGAUCCCCUUGACCUGCCUGGCUGGGCAGAUGGCCACUGACCGCGUAGUGACCACUACGACAGCACCUCAACAAUCCACACUACUGGCUCCCAUCGUCAGCAAUGGCGAACGUUCACCUGGCAUACCAAAACGAAGUCCGCUUAUACGAACAAAGCGACAACAUUCGAGUUUACCGUCGGAGAAACAUGCUUAUCUCUCUGUGCAGGAGAAGGAUCGACAUGACUCGUCCAGCUCGGAUUCUGGUAUCACCAUCCUGCGGGCCAGCGAAUUCAGCCCUCCUUCAAGUCCCUUUGCCUGUGCCCACACGCCCUUGGACUAUUCCGAGCCUGAAACCGACCUGCUGUGAGAGUACAUCGACGUCACGUCAUGCAUAUAGACAUUGGAGUACCAGGCAACUGGUGAUACCCGGAAAGGACAUGUACAACCCAAAUUUGAAAUGUACACGAUGUCGUUUGAAAUGUACAGAGUCCUGUCAGAAACGUAUGCUUUUUUUUCACAGACCAGGACAAUGUAAAAGCGUGUACAUGGCAUACGUUAAAAGUGUCUGUGAAAGAAGCUGGUACAGUAAGGGAAGUGCAAUUUGGGGAUUUAUUAUGAGAAACGGUUCAUUCUCAUCUUCUUCGUUUCAUAUGCUGACCUCACACGUUGUGAUUCUGGUUCAGAACCGUCACUGUUCUUACACGGAUACAGAUGUGACAAGCGAAAGCAAUGCAAAUAUUUGAAGCGUGUGGAAUGAACAUCUGUGGAGCAAGAUAUUGAUUGGGUAUGAAAUUGGUUCUCAGGAGCAAGGCAAUGAUUUGAGGGGUAGAGAUGUGCUUCUCUGAGGUUAAGCACCAAAUAAAAACAACAUGUAUGAGAUGUGCCUCUCUGAGGUAAGGCACAGAGAAAUAUAGAAAUAUAGCGACAAAACCCUUUCUAUAUCCAAUAGAAAUUUCUGCAUAAAGCAGAGUCCAUUGUACGACUGAUGGCUUCUCUGAGACAUGGCAAUGAGUUGGCAUGGAGAACGGAAAGACCUUUCAACAUGGCAUUGCAUCUGCUCGUUCAGACAGAGAAAUGUCCACGACCCGAGACCGGCUGCAGGUGUGUGAUGAUGUGUUGCUGAUGUGAGUGUUUGUCGUAUGGAUGUGAAUUCUGGUACCAUCGUCUACAACUCAAGAUGUUCCGGCGUCAAAUGGGCAUAUCAGUGGAAUCAGGAUAACACCGUUCGUUUACGAUGACCAGGGCCGCUUGCACAAAGCCAUCUUAGCGUUGAGAUGAUCGUAACUCCCACACUUUAACAUAGGCUUGCAAUAGUCGUAGCACUAAGAUCGCUUUGUGCAAGUGGGCCCAGGAACAGAGGUGGCUAACUUGAAACUAUGGAAAUCCAAAUCAGUUACUCCAGACUCCCUUUGUCCAGAAACCCGCCAAAACGGACAAGCAUCUAAAUAUAUACACUUAAAUGUUACUUGGUACCAAGGAUUAGUCAAUCCCACAAUGUGUUCACCUGGACGAUUUCAGAGGGAAAGGUAUCGUCCGGAAUAACGAGUUUUUGUGUGUUCUGUUUUAAGGCGAAGGAUGUGUGGAUACUUCUAUGUUUGACUCUGAGGGCAAAGACAUUAUUUCACGUUGGUCCUGUGCCCAUCCAACGAUCAGUAUCUGUCAAAAAGACAUUGUAUGAAAAUAACAACAAAACAAUGACUUUAAAGCAAGAUUUGAUGGUAACAUGUACCGUUUCUACAAUGGAUUGAAUUGAACACGUAUCUACGAUCUUGUGGGGAAGAAAUCUUGACAAAUGUCUCCAAGAAAACAAUGUGUGUCUAAUAAUUUUCCACAAUUAAUCAUCAAAGAAAAAAUAUUUCUGGCAUUAUUAUAAUGACAUAAUCCGUCUCUGUUCACAAUAGUAAUUAUCUGAUGACGCCUGAAACCUUACACCAGUAUUCUUUUAUUUCAGUUAUUUAAAUACAUUGUACAAAUGGCUAUAUUAUAGAAUUAUUCGUUUCCAGUAUGCGUUUGAUGUUUCAGGAUGUAUAAGUACUAAUCCUUUGGUGAUGAUAUACUACCACUACCACUACCACUACCACUACCACUACCACUGCUACUACUGUUACCACUACAGACACAUCUUCUACUACUACUUCUUUCGAGGUCAUGGUAUAACUUAACUAUCUUAGAUAUCAAUUGCUUUGAAUUCUUCUUUGGUAUCUUCUUAUUCAACAGACGUAUAUAUAUUUUAUUAUACUCCAAACCGUCAGAAGUCACAUGAUGAUUCUUUCUUCUGUUGUUGACAGGUCAGUUGUUAAGGAUGGGCUGUCGUAUAGCCUCUGUACAAAGUGUGGUUGUUUAGCACUCAAAGUCUUUUUGGUGGCGGCGAGAUGAACGUUUGUUUUACUUCAGUUAACGCGGACAGUGUUGUUCUGUAAGUUCUGAAUGACUCCCACAAAUCUACAUUUUGCAAUCUAUGAUCUACAUGUUACUCACUGAAAUCAACAUUUUGCGUCCCUGAAUUCUACAUUGUACUCCAUGAAAUGUACAUCGUACGCCAUGAAAUCUACAUUUUACUCUAUGAAAUCGACAUCGUUCGCCCUGAAAUCUACAUAUAAUUGUUUGAUGAAAUCUACAUCGUACGCCCUGAAAUCUACAAUUAUCUCCCCGAAUUUUACAGCCUCCCUACAUUUUACAGCCUGCAAUCUACAUUUUGGUUUUUGAUAUAUAUUCUGACUCCCUGCAUAUACGUUAUGACUCCUUGAAACCUAUAUUUUUGGAUCAACCAAUGCAAAGUCACCUCUCCCACCACCUCUAUGCCCUGGAAAGGAUCACUACGUGUAGUUACUAUGGCCAAAAUUAGAACGAAUGAAUAUAAUUAUGUGUUAUUUCAGCUGGUAUGUUUAUAUGACGUGUGUUUCUAGUCAAUCACAACGUACUGGCGGAUCAACCGUUCAGUAUUGAUGAUUGUGCCUGUUCAUCCCAACUCCACCUGUGAAUGUCUAUUUACAAAGAUGAAAGCCGUGUCACGUUCAUAAGGACGUCAACUCUUCACAAUUAUUCAUCUUUGAGAGAUCUGGGGGCACGGGUUGCCCAGUCGUCUAAGGCGCCGCGAUUCGCUGUGCAGAGUUGCGUCCCUUGGGCACGCCAGAAACCAAUGAUUGUGGGUUCGAAUCCCGGUUCGUCCCAAUUAUGUUU